GGCUGCGUCAUGUGACUCCAUCGCACGAAUGCCGUGGAAGGUACAACCUGGGAGGACGCCUCGUCUUGCACCUCACCAGCCACUCUCCGAGUAAAAACUGAUGGAACGCGAGAUCCUCUGCUCUGGCUCAGGCAUCAGUCUGUUCGAUCGUGGUCACAUCGUCGCGUUCGUUGCAUUGCACAUCUUCAGCGCUGCCGUGUCGACGCAGAGCUUCACAAUGCGCUACGUACAAGCCCCUGCCGCAGCUGCUCGAGGACUCCCCUCCCUCUCCCUCUCUAUUCACAAUGGCUGUCGAAGGCUCGAAGCGAAUGCCAAAGUUCCUCGCGCGCCUUAAGAGUCAAGUCUGGCCCGUCGCUACUUUCUGGGGCAAAGCCAGCGAAUGGUGAUGCAGGGUUGUCCCCAUUUCGUAUUCUCUAGUCAGGAAUGUGGCCUAAAUCUACAGCACGUCCACUCGAAAGGGGUCGAAAUGCUGGGAAAGACGGGGCCUGUCUCCUGUGAUCUCCAGCGCCCGCGGCGAUCUUCCAGGGUCCCUGGACACGACACAACUCGAGGAGCCACGCGAGAUGUGGAUGAGCAUGUCUUAGACACACGCCCCUCAAUCCACCCAUGUGAGGGCGCGAGCAUUCCAGACGCGCGCCGGCGCAGGUCGUUCUUAGUACCUCGGUCCGUCACGAGUAGGCACAGUGGCUGCGAAAUCAUCCCGUACCUUGCAUCACUUUCAAACGCGCUACUGAAUUCCCCUAAGCCAGGUCAGCCUGGCGAGGGAACAAUAGAGGCCAUCUACACACAAGCGGGUGGUGACGCAGCAAUAAGGAACUACCAAAGCCUGCCCUGCGAGCUCCAACCGCCUCGUGUCCAACGACAACAGCAAUAUGGGAAUAAUCGCUCGUGUACACCGUGGAGCUCCCAAGACGUCAACCAUCGCUGUUCUCGUCGCGGGCAUGAACGAUUGCCCGAAUGCAUCGAACCGAUAGCUUCGCUCUUGUCUGCCUUUAUUAUCGACAACGAAUCGACCUGUCAUUUCUUGGUACCUGGUACUCCGUGCGUGGUAAUUGCAUUGCACUACAGCUCGAACUUGCCCCCUUUCCUUGUUGAGCAAAUACGGAUACGCAAUUGGAAAAUGUCCCAGUCACACUGAAGCCAUCAUCAUGGCAAGUGUUUGCGGUCACUCGGAAGUUGUCCAGGCUCCAUUGAGAACGAGAACCGCGGGUACUGCCAAUAAGCUCAUUGUCACCGCACUCUGACGCAGCCUACGGUACACACCGACCAGGGUCUGUAUACCAGGCAUAUAUCAUA